AUCUAGAAAGGUCAGGCAGUUUGGAUUUCUUCCUUUGUACAAACUAGAAAUAAAUGAUUUGAGCUAAAAGCUGGCGUUAAUUAAAAAAAAAAAAGGUCACCUAGGAAUUUCUUUUCAUAUUCUUUAACUCAGUAUAAGCUUUGAAGAGCCCACAGUGCUAGGCAUUCUGGGAGGUUACAGUAAUGCAUCCUAGAGGUUCUAGCCUUCCAAGGAUCUUUGUUAGUCUAAAUAUAGUUACAUUCUUCCUUGUUAGUCAUUUUCUCUGAUUAAAUAACUUUAACAUCCAUACUGAAUAUUCAUUGUCUCAUAAUAAUAAUUUGUCUCAGAGACUGUAGUGCAGUGGUUCUCAACCUUCCUAAUGUUGCGACCCUUUAAUACAGUUCUUCAUGUUGUGGUCAACCCCAAUCAUAAAAUUAUUUUCAUUGCUACUUCAUAACUAAUUUUGCUACUGUUAUGAAUCGUGAUGUAAAUAUCUGAUACUCAGUAUAUCUGAUAUGUGACUCCUGUGAAAGGGUCAUUUGAUCCCCCAAGGAAUUGAGACCCACAGGUUGAGAACCACUGCUUUAGUGGUAUGGUUUUUGUUUUUUGGUUUUUUUUUUUUAAGAUUUCUUUAUUUAUUAUGUAUACAGCAUGUAUGACUGCAGGACAGAAGAGGGCACCAGAUCUCAUUACAGAUGGUUGUGAGCCACCAUGUGGUUGCUGGGAAUUGAACUCAGGACCUCUGGAAGAGCAGUCAGUGCUCUUAACCUCUGAGCCAUCUCUCCAGCCCCUAGUGGUAUGGUUUUAAUGAACACCAAGUUGAGCUCCUUACUAAUCUUCUGUCUUGUCACUCAGAACCCAUCUUUAUCAUCACAGCUGUUUCAUAGCAACCUUCACUGAUGUAAACAAUGAGCUCCCCUGUUCUGCAGGGUAAAUAGAACUAGAAUCAAACAGCAUUGUUCAUCCUCACACCCAGCAACAUCCAUCCUGCUUCCCUUGGGAAAGAGAGUACCUGGAACAAGACAGGAGCUGCCUCUGCUGUAGCCUCACUUGCUCCUUUUGGAAGGGUGUGUGGGACUAAAUUUUCACACACCCACCCUUUAGUAUCUUUAUCUCUAACCCCUGUGAAGCUGAGAAUGACCUGGAACUUCUGAUCUUCGUGAGUGCUGGGAUAAAGAGUAUGUUGCCACACUCAGUUUGUGUGGUGUUGGGGAUCAACCUGGAGCGUCAUGCAUGCUAGACAAGCAUCAUACCAGCACUCCACUGAGCUUCUUCUUUUCUUUUGAGACAGGUCUCAUCUUGUAGCCAGGCUGGCCUUGAACUUGCUCACAGUCCUGCCUCUGCCUCCAGGCAUUGUCGCCACACCUGCUUUCCAUUCCUUUAAAAGUCUUUACAAAUGAAGGUAGUUGACACUGGAUAAAAGUGUUUUCAGGUGCAGUGUUCAAAGUGACCUCCUGAAACUGGACAGGGAGAUCUUGGCUUACAAAGGAAGAAAAAUAGAAAUGUGGGGAGUCAAGUGACUCCAGUCCAGAGUUAUCUUUUUAAUAGAUGUGGUUUAGGAACAUUCACAGUAAAGAAUUCAAGGUAUUCAAAUUAACAUCCCAACCCAGCCCCACCUCAUCCCCUUUCUUAAGACGAGCUUUUCUAUUUGGUCAGGACUUUGAAACUCUUGCGUAGUUUGGAGGGAGGGAAAGAGUUAACUCAUGCAUUUGGGGUAAUGUAGAAACUGACUUCAGCUUCUGAGGUCUUUUCCUUUUUUGUUCUCAAGCCUGUGGGUUUGAAUUCAUUAGGCAGAAGGGACAAGAAUGUCCCCUGGGAAGAUGCCCCCGGCAAACCUAGUCCGACACCAGUAGUCCAAGUCUUUUUCCUGCCUGUGGCCUCACCUGAGAAGAAGGACUGCACUUCUGGGCACAUGUGUGCAUAUGUCCUGCUGACAGCUGUACAUCAUCAUCUCUCAAUGCUAGAGGUUAUUCCAGGCUGGAGGAUCUGUGUUAUAGCACAAUAGAGUGUUCGUCUGGAAUGCCUGCUGGUGAAAUGCCUACUGAGACAUGAAGACUGGGACCACUGUUUUUAUCCUUGGGAGCCUGGUCUCGAUCAUCUGCCUGCCUUUGGUGUUGACGUCCCCUAAAACACUGGCCAUCCCUGAGAGGCUACAACAAGCUGUGGGGAGAGUCAUUGUCAAUGCCACAGCGUGCACCGUUACAUGUGGCCUUGGCUACAAGGAAGAGACCGUCUGUGAGGUGGGUCCUGAUGGGGUGAGGAGGAAGUGCAAGUCCCAGCGUCUGGAGUGUCUGACCAACUGGAUCUGUGGGAUGCUCCAUUUCACUGUUGUCCACGGGCAGGAGUUUGAGCUGAGCUGUCUGAGCGCAGACAUCCUGGAGGUGGGGCAGGAAGCUUUCCGCUUCACCUGGAAGCUUGCUCGGGGCAUCAUCUCGACUAACGAUGAGGUUUUUAAACCCUUCCGAGCCAACUCUCACUUUCUGCGCUUUAAACCCGCCUAUGAGUAUGACUCUGGGACAUACCGAUGUGAUGUGCAGCUGCUGAAAAACUUGAAGUUUGUCAAGAGGCUCUAUUUUGGGCUGAGGGUCCUUCCUCCAGACUUGGUAAACCUGAAUUUCCAUCAGUCCCUUACUGAGGACCAGAAGUUAGUAGAUGAGGGCUGGGAGGUUAGUCUAGACAACCAUUCGAAGCCUCACCUCCCAGAGUGGCAAAAGAAGGUGGCAUCAGCCGUGGGCAUAGGGAUCGCUGCCGGAGUGGUCGGUGGCGUGCUGGUAAGCAUGGCUAUCCGCAUUGCGCUGAGGGAGAUUGAUGGUAACGGCAGCCUUAGCAGCUUAUAAUGGAACCCUUACUCCUGGGAGGCUGACUGCCCAGGAGGCCGAACUAGCCUGUACACGAGUACCCUGUCCCUCUGGUAGUGGAGUGGCAAGAGAGGGCUCUCGGAGCCUAAGGUUGGCUAGGUGGCUUGGAGGAUGCUCAGGGGAGCAGUAUCCACCCCUGUGUUCAGGUUUUCUCAUCCUGGGUGCUCAGUAGGCUUUGCUUCUGUUCCCAGGGAAGUUCUGUCUUCCAAGCUUGCUUUUCUUUCCACGCUUCACAGCGUGUGUACCACUCCCUCCACUCCACCUCUCCGGCCACCACUCCCUCCACUCCACCUCUCCGGCCACCACUCCCUCCACUCCACCUCUCCGGCCACCACUCCCCUCCACUCCACCUCUCCGGCCACCACUCCCCUCCACUCCACCUCUCCGGCCACCACUCCCCUCCACUCCACCUCUCCGGCCACCACUCCCCUCCACUCCACCUCUCCGGCCACCACUCCCUCCACUCCACCUCUCUGGACAGUGUGUAUGGACCAGAAUGUACUAUUAGCAGUUUGGGCGGAAACUUUCUAUUUUUGUUCAAUAAAAAUAAUUCACAGUAACUGUAUGGCAACCCAA